UCAAGGUAGAGGUAAGGUUUGCGUACACUUUACCCUCCCCAGACCGCACAUUGUUGGAUUUCACUGGGUAUGUUGUUUAUUUGUUUUUGUCUACUGGGAUCUUUUGGAGAUAGAACUCUGACCUCUCCCAGUUGAACUGCAUUGCGACAGUGAGCAGAGAAAUCUUUUUAGAAUUUCGGCCGUGUUAAAGUUAAGGAGAUAAGCGGUGAUUAUUUUUUAUUUGAAUUUCCAUCGAGGUCGGUAGCAGAAAGAAUCAAAAUGGAUAGAUGGAUUUUCAACAAUAAAGAACUCCACUUAGAAUGGUGGUCCCCUAUUAGUAUUUGCCAUUGAGAUAACUGCAGACUUAACCAUCUAUGGAUAAACCUGAUGGGUUUUCCAUCUCACUUGUGGUUGUAGAAUAUUUGUAAGCGACGUCUCCCCUUCUUCCACCCUAUUAAGAUUUGAAUAACACUCUACAAGACCCACGUGUUCAGUCCCAUCAGCAGCCUGAGGCUGUUCUACCCACUCGAGAGAGGAUCUAACUUCAACUUCUUCUCCCACUCUUCUGCCGACUUGUAUCAUCAUCUACACCUCAUACCUAACCGGAAUUGUGAAGAUGAGACCAUUACUUUCCACUUCCACAUAUCUUGGCAACAGCUCGGACGUCCCCUCCACCUUAAUACAUGCCCAUUGUUUUUUUGAAUAAGGUAACAUUUAAUACACGCCCAUUUAAGGUGAUUCUUUAGUGAGGUUUCUUCUCCCGUCUCAAUCCAUUCCCCGAAAAUCCCCUAUCUCUUUGAAUCCUUUGUACAGCCAUAAGUGGGGUAGUAGUAAUCAGUAUAAUCCAAACCCAUUUCAUUUUUCCUGUCAGAAUGCAACCAACUGUUGGUGACCACCAUUCAACAGUCAUAGGUACCUGCUUCCAUCUCCACUCAAUUGUUUUGAAGAGUUCCGCCAAUUUCCGUGUCGGAAAUUCAAAGAGGAAGGAAGAUCCAUUCAUCUCCCGGAUCUGUGUUGCAGCUGAUGUACUCUACUUGCUGGAAAUUCAUCUCUGGAUGUCUGAAAGUGUGGAACUUCGUGAAGCGCUGCCAGGAAACUUCCGAUCAAGCAUCUGCUUAGAGUGUCAUCACUCAAAAUGGGUGAGCCAUCUAUGAUCAUCUUUCUGUUGUGAGUCAGCACCUCUGCUAAUGGUGCAUCCUUUGCUGGCCAUUGACUGGUGGUGAUGGCAUUCACAUAUGUUCCAUUUGUUACUAGGUUUCGGCGGACUUGACAACGAUGAUUCCCCUCUGCUUAGAAAGAUAGGCGUAUGAUACGGUAAAGGCCUCCGGAGAAAACAAUGAAAAGCCAGCUGGGAGGAGGCUGGGAUUGGGGCAAGGAAUAAAAGCUACUGGAGGAUCAUUCCAGCUUGCAUAUGGUGGACAAUCUGGAAAGAAAGGAACUCCAGAUGUUUUGAGGAUAGAAGUAGCCCUCUACAGAAGAUCAAGCAAGAGUGUAUGUUGCUAUUUUGUUUUUGGUGUACAAAGAAUCCCUCUGUAGAUGCAGAAUCAAUCCUAGAAGUUCUUGACUCAUGGACCCUGUAAACAGGUGUUGGGGAAACUCAGUUUCAUGUAAUGUUAUCCACUGGCAUUUCGCCGAUUGGACCUACAUACAAAGCUGUAUAUGUUAAGGCGAUACCUAAUAAGUAUUGUACUCGGCUCAUGGGGACAACAGAAGCAAUUGACUUGAAUCUGGCUGGUCAGACUAUUUUAGAUCAGAUUUAUGAUGAGCUGGGAGAUCAUACCCAUUCUCAAACUCUCUAUGUUGGAGUUACAAAGAUAAGGAAAUGCACUUUUCGGCAUGAAAAAGAAGGCUGGAUAAAUGUGCAUGAAUUCCAUGAGGUUUUAAGAGGUGAUUACAGGUAUCUCUACGUCCAUGGUGAUGGUAUCAUGAGUUAUGACUCCUUCUGGUUUUACCAUGCAAAUUCUGAUUUGGCGCGUGCUUCUUGCAACAAUGUUUCAAACAACAUGAGAUGUCUGAAGCAGGAUCUAAACCAGCUAACUGAUGAUAAUACUAAUAGCAAUGGCAUAGGUAUGCAUAAGAAGUCUGUUUUUGGUGGUAUGAUGUUCGCCUGCUAUGGUCGUGGCAAGUUGUUUUUCGGUGAACCUAAUGUAGAUGCCUCACCUUUCUUGGAGAACUUCCCUGGGGUUACCUUCUCAGGAACCUAUUGUAACGGAGAAAUUGCAAAUGGAGAUUUAAGCUCAUACGAAAAGUGGUCUAAAGAACACAGCUCUAUACGUUGCAGUUUGCACGAAAAUAGCACUGUCUACCUGGUUAUGUCAUAUACUCCUGCAUUGCGACAGCAUUAGAGAUGUAGCUGGUAUUACCUUUGACAAUCCGGUGGGUAAUGGCCAAAGAUUUUUGGUGGUUUGAAUAGGCUACUGUUCUGUACUUUUUAGUUUUGGAAUUUGGUGGAAUCUGGCUAAUAUUGUAGUCUAGCAGAGGGCCAAUCUCGUGUAGAUAUUUCAAAAGCCAUUCUGGACUAAUUUAGUACUAUCUUGUUGCUGUUUCCCAGUUGUAGCACGUUUGUGCUGUAAAUGAUAUGCCUGCAAGAAAUGUACUAUUUUUCGUUUCUUUAAAUUUGGAAAAGGGUAAAAUAUGCCUUAACGUUUGUCUCU